AGAAGUCCCUCAGCUCCAGACUCGGUUACCAUGGAAAUGCAGCUAGGAGAUGCUGCUGCAGGUCCUCAGGAGAAGCGCGAGAUUAUUCAGCACCUUGGACAGCAGCGGUGCGUCGGUCCUCCUUUCUGCCAGACGCGAUACUAUAUGCUUAUUGUGAUUGGAGAAAUUGCAUCAGAUCAUCAGCUUGAUUCAGUGAAAGAACACAUUAAACAGGGGAUCCUGUCAUGGGAUGUCGAUUUGACCAUUUGUGACUUGAAUAAGGAACUGAAGCUCUUUGAAGCAAGACACUCUGCCCAGUUUUCAUCAGAGGUGAAAGGACAGAGACUUUUGCAAUACAAGAGUGAUGUUCUUGAGACUGUUGUGUUGGUGAAUCCUUCUGAGGAGAAUAUUGCUAUAGAGUUCAGAACACUGCUCUGUGACUCAGCAGGACAUAAGUUAUUGGUCCUAAGUGGUCAAAGUACUGAACAGAGCGGUGACAUUAUCCUUCAAAGUGGAGUGUUUGGUUGGAAAAAUUUCUCUGACAUUCUUUCGAGUCGUAGGAUUAAAGAUCUCUUAAGCCAGCCAUCUGCAGGUCAGCCUGCCUGUUUGACUGUGUCCUGUAAAGGAGAAGGGGGCUGGAGCUCCCUAGGGUACGUACAGGAGCAGAGCAUACUGAAGUACAGACUGAACCCAGAGGCCGUGCUGCCUGAGAUGGAAGGGGUGAGCGAGUUUACAGAAUAUGUCUCUGAGACAGUGGAUGUUCCCUCUCCUUUUGAGCUCCUGGAACCACCAACCUCAGGAGGGUUCCUCAAGUUGUCCAAGCCAUGUUGCUAUAUCUUUCCUGGAGGACGGGGCGACUCUGCUUUGUUUGCAGUCAAUGGUUUUAACAUUUUAAUCGAUGGUGGAUCAGACAGAAAAUCUUGCUUCUGGAAGCUGGUCAGACAUUUGGAUAGGAUUGAUUCUGUUCUACUUACUCACAUAGGAGCAGAUAAUCUUGCUGGAAUAAAUGGACUGUUACAGAGAAAAAUUGCAGAGCAGGAGGAAGAGAAAAGCCGAGGUUCAAAUACUUAUGGAGAGUGGAUGAAAAACCUGAUCUCACCAGAGCUUGGUGUUGUGUUCUUUAAUGUACCAGAAAAGCUGAAGGCGCCUGAGUCCACGCUGAAAGCAAAGAGGAGCAUUGAAGAGUCUUCUCUCACAUUGCAGUACCUUCACAAACUGGGCAUCAAACCUGAGCCUCUAUACAGAGUUGUGAGCAACACAAUUGAGCCUUUAACACUCUUUCACAAGUUGGGUGUUGGCAAACUAGACAUGUAUAUUCUAAAUCCUCUCAAGGACAGUAAGGAAAUGCAAUUCUUCAUGCAGAAGUGGGCUGGUAACAGUAAAGCUAAGACUGGCAUCGUCCUGGCCAAUGGCAAAGAGGGUGAGAUUUCAGUUCCUUACCUCACAUCAGUGACAGCUCUGGUUGUGUGGGUACCUGCCAGUCCAACAGAAAAGAUCGUCAGAGUACUGUUUCCUGGAAAUGCCCCACAAAACAAAAUAUUUGAGGGGCUUGAAAAGCUGAGGCAUCUCGAUUUCUUGCGAUAUCCAGUAGCCACUCAAAAGGACAUGUCAUCUGGAGCUCCACCUCCACUGAUUAAACAAACUAAAAUGAAGCUGAGAACUGAGAGCAAAGAAAGUCUCAAAUCAUCCCCUAAAAUGUCCACUCCAAAAGCAAGCAAGAAAGAGGCAAAUGAAGACAUUGAGUCAAAGAGUGACUCUGUAAAAGAGAACAAAGUUGAAAAGAAAGAUAAGAAAAUAAAAGAGACUGUUAAAGCUCCCAAACCGCUUAAACCCAAGACAGCGUCACCCGAUUCACUUAAACAGGAGAAAAAGAAGCUGCAGAGAGAAAAAUCUCCUAAAAAACAUACCAAGGAGAAAGCACCUAAGAUGGAGGAGAAGAAAGAUCAGGAAAAGAAAGACACAAAGAAAGAAAAGGCAGAUGUAAAAAAAGAGGACAUUAAAAAAGAACUCAAAAGUAAGGAGGAGAAGAAAAAAGAAAAAGAAAAAAUUAAGCCAGAGCUGAGAAAAAUCACAAAACCUGACUUAAAGCCCUUCACCCCCGAGGUCCGGAAGACUCUAAACAAAGCAAAGGUUCAAGUAAAGCCUAAAACAGAAAAAACUAAAGCAACUAAGGAGCAAGAAAACAGGCCAGCUGCUAAACAAGCUUCAAUAGAAAAACGGGAGAUUGACAGGUCCUUAGUCUCCUCCCCAGAAGAUCUUACCAAGGAUUUUGAAGCCUUGCGACUGGAGGAGGAGCUAUCCAAGCCCACGGAGAGCAAAGUGCUCCCAGAUUUUCAGCCUGCAGCGGACAGUGUUGUACCUCACAUUGAAUCUCCUGAUGAGGGAAUAACUACAACUGAUGUUGAGACAGAGUCCCCUCAUGAGGAAAGGGUACCGUAUGGAGUCAACGAAAUUAAAUCCCCCUCUAAAACCACUGAUAGAUCUGAGGAUGAAGGUGCUACUACAGAAGAUGACACAGAGGAUGACUAUACCACAAAACAGAAAAGUGCUAAAACAUCUGACUUUUUGGAGAUGGGCAAACACAAAGAAUGGCAAGAAAAAGCAAAAGAAGAAGAGAAAGAGACUGAACUGAAACCCAGAAAGAGUGACAGUGAAGAAGAAGAGGAUGUAAUUGAGAAAGCAGAGCUAGAGGAGGCAGAGGAUUUAGUGCAUGAAGAGGAGCUCAAGUACAAAUCUGAUGAGGCUAGGAAAGAAAAACUUGGAAAGGACUGGGAGACAAAACAGAGUGACAUUAAAUCUGCCAAACCACUGGGUGCUGCAGAGCAUGUUUCAUUCAUCCAAGAUGAGACCAUUCCAGGUUACUCUGAGACAGAGCAGACCAUUUCUGAUGAGGAGAUUAAUGAGGAAACAGAGGAGCGAAUCCCACAUCUUCAGUAUGAUGUGGGCUCUUAUGACAUCUCAGUUCCUGAUGAACCAGGGACUUUUGACACCAUCCAUGGCAUGAAACCACCAACCAUCUCUGUUGCUUCUGAGUUAUCAUCAAAGGGUUUUGCAGUAGACCAGGAGCCAGUCCUAUCAGCUUACGCAACCAAUAUAAUUGCAGCUCCAUUGGCGGAAGAAGAGCAUAUAUCAUCAGCCACCUCCAUCACUGAAUAUGACAAAUUAUCAUCUUUUGCAACAUCUGUUACUGAAGAUCAGUCUAUAGCAUCAGUGACAGCACCACCUACUGAAGAUGCAGGAAAAAGCUCUUUACUCUUAGAUACUGUAAAUAGUAUACCAUCAUCCGUACAGACAGAUGCCACUCAAGGAAAGGAGUACCUCCACUCUGCUGGAACUAUUUCUCCAACUUCUUCCUUAGAGGAGGAUAAGUGUUUUAAAUCACCUCCUUCAGAAGAAUAUCAACCCAUUGUGCCAGAAACAGAAACUACAGUGAAGGCUACUGUUCCCACAAAUUAUGAGGAUGAAGAUGAUGAGGAAGAGGAUGAGGAUCAGACACCGAAUGUUGAUAUGCCACUUGGAAAGCUCCAUGAGGGUUAUGCAUCUGCUGCCAUGCUCGAAGAGCAAGCUCAUGAUAAAUUUCCCUUAUCAACAGCACCUGUUCCUCCUCAGAUGAUGUAUGUUGGCACACAAGAAAAAGAUGAAAAGGGAAUCUCACUCUCUAAGGAUGAAUCUAAAUUGGGCGCCUCUGAGAAAAGAUUGCCUUGCACCUCAGAGACGAGUAUUAUUUCAGAGAGUGAAGAAAGAUGCCUCAGCCCAGAUGACAGCACUGUGAGGUUUGCCUCACCUACACAAUCAGGACCGACCAGCAGUAGCUACUCUCCCACUGAGGAGAGGUCACAAAAGCCACUAAUUAUGGACAAAGAGGAAAAACUAGAUAAGGAGACUUUUGAUUCUCAGAGGUGUUUGGCCCAAGAGGCUCCUGCUGAUGAAAAGUCUGUGAAAAUAAUUGAUGAUGAAGUGGAUCCUUUUGGAAAGGAAUUCUCCGACACUAAACCUGCAUUAUAUGACUCAGAAGAGGAUGAAGAGGAAGAGAAAGAGGAUUAUUAUGGAAAGGAAAGCUAUAAUGUGUGUGGUCAAACUAAAUACAAAGAGGAGAGGGAGUGCACUUUUCUUGAUGAAGAAUACUCUGAAGAGCCAUCACCCCUAAAAGAGGAGAAGCUGUUUGAAAAUGAGAAAGAAUCUGUGGAUAAGGAAGAUAAACCACAACAUGUGACCUACUUGGGCCAUGAGUGCAAAUCCCAGAUGCUCAGCUCAGGAGAGGAAGAUGAAAGUGAAACCGAAGAUGGUACUUACUCAAGCGUAAAAGUACCACAGGGCAAGUUAGACUCCAUGUCAGCAAGCCAAGGCAAAAAAGAUGUGUCAUUCUCAGAGAUAGAUGACCCAAAAGCGAUUUCUAAAGACAGCGAUAAAAGUGUUCACUUCAACUUGUAUUCCUUCCCUGAGUGUGAGAAAGGCCUCAAAGGGGAAUUUGAGAGGGUGGUUAGGCAAGAUACACCCUAUGUUGGGAAGAGCUUUACAUACUCUGAUGUGUAUGACAGUAAAUCGAGUUCAGUGGAUUCCUACUCUCCAAAUCUGCCAAAGGAGCACAUUUUUGAUGAAACUGAUGUUACACCAAAGAAAACAGAAAAGGAGGAUUCCCUAGAUUCUUCCACUGGCAAGAUUUCUGACAUUAAAGCAUCAGAGGAAAAGGAAGCAUCAUCAACUUCAUAUAGUGAAACACAAGGUAUAUAUGGGACAACACAGUUAAAGGAUACACCUGAAGGAACAUUCUCCGAGAAAAUAAAGGAAGUUGAAGAAAAGAAAACUGAGAAAGACUCACCUGUUUCAGCAGAGAGAGACCCAUUUUCAGUUAAAUUUGAAAAGCCAGAUUUCAGUGGAAUGGCAGAAGGUGGUGCAUUACAAUCAGGCCAUUAUGCAAAUGACAGCUUCAGCUCUGAUUACAGUGCUAAAAGUAUGAGUUCUGUGUUAGGCCAGUCUACAUUUAGCACAAAAGAAGUCAAGCCUGGAGACGUGAAGAUGUUUGCUGAUGGAGAGGAUGAAUAUGAAGAAGAUGAGGAAGAUGAAGAAGAUGAGGAUGAGGAUGAGGAUGAGGAGUAUGGAGAGCAUGUAAGUGAUAGUGAUACAGAGAAAGGUACCAAAGACAGACAAGAGAAAGAUGCCCAGGACUCUCUAAGUAGUGUCAUCAGCACUGUACCUACUCAAUUCCAGGAUGUAAAGAAAGACACCAUUACACAGGAGUACAGCUUUGGCUCUGACACCUAUGGGAAAUCUUUAGGCUCAUCAAUAUUUGAAUCCACUCUAAGCCACGAGGGCCCCAAGGACUCAUUACAAACUGUUAAAGGUGAUGCCUCAUCUUUUCAUACUAAAAGUCAUAUUACAGGCUCAUCUGGAUUUGAACAUUCUUCAAGUGAGGAGAGAGAUGAGUUUGUCGAAAAUUACGAGAAAGAUGUCAAGUCAUAUUUACCCCUUUCAACAAAGUCUGCUGAAGAUAAUACUCACUAUGAUGGCAAAGAUAUUGAGUUCGACAAGCAAAAGACACCUGAUGGAGCAGAGAAAAAAACAGGAGACCCUGUUUCAUUGGGCUUCAGUUACACAACUAUGUCAGCCACAGCAUAUUCCUCUUCCUCUUCUUACAGUCAUUCCUCAUCAGCUUCAGCAUCUCUGUCCACUAGCCGCCAGUUUGGGGAUGAGAUAGGGACUCCAGCCAGUACUGGAUUUGAGUACUCAUCUUUCAAAGAUGAACAUUCUCCUGUAAUGGACUCACCCUUCUCUAGUUCUGGUGGGCAGGCUAAGGAUGAAUAUUUGGAAGUGUCUGAAAAGCUGACCCCUGCAACCACUACAGCUGAAUCCACCUCUAGCCUUGCAAGAUUCUCACCAUUAUCACCUUUUGAGGAGAUCAAGCCUUUCCCUCCACAUGCUGGUACUUGCAUAGGUGAUAAGAAAGGACCUGAUUACUCUACAAGCAAUAUCACAGAUCAAGGUCCACAAAGUCAGUGCUUUUACAAAUCACAGUGGGAAGAGGACUCAAGAUUACAAGAUGAAUUUGGUGCAACUGGACCUUAUACUUCUAUGCCUCCGACAACACAGAAAGACACCAUGCCUGAAGACCUGUAUGGUGCUUCAUCAACACUUCAAUUUGAGUGUCCUGAAAAACAGUACUAUGAAGACACAGAGAGUAGUGAAGAGGAGGACGAUUACAUGUACGAAACUGAACAGGAUAAACUUCAGUAUCAAAGAUCUCCACUUACUGCUCAAGCAGACAAGAAAGAUACUACAUUUUCCUCGGGUGAGACACUAACAAAGGACAUAUCUUCUGGUUUGGGAGCUACUAUCCCAGAUGCGCUUACCUCACAUACUUCCUCUUUUCCUGAGCCCACAAAACCAGACACAACAAACGGGCCUGCAGAAGUUAGUUUGAGUGCACCAGAGGCUUUUGGGGGAACUAGCAAGGUGGGGAUAGGCUUGUCAAAAAUAGAGAUGCAAGGUCAAGAAUUUGACGUGAAGAAAAUUAGAAGCCCAAGUGAAUGGGAAAUGCAGCAGCAACGAGACAUCUACCCAGGAGCAUCCCCACCUCAUUAUCGACAUGAAGAUGAUUAUGAAGAAGAAGAAGAAGAGACUGAUCCAAAGCACCCAGUCCGUCCUCUUUCUCUUUCUUCCACAGACCAACCUUUCCAAACGUCCUAUUAUGCAGAUGAUCCAAGCAGACACGAUGAUGACUCUGACUAUCCUUCAGAUGUUGGUAUCCGUCCACAUCCAUCCACAGGCUCUCCAGGCUAUUCCUCCUGUGAGUACAAGCAGAGAAGAGGAGACACAUCUCCAUCCUUUAUCAACCCAAGCUUAUGUCAACUUUCCAGUGAUGAAGAAAACGAGGAACAGAGCAGCCAAGCAUCAGAUCAACAGCAACCUUGUGGGAAGACCAGAUCUCACAAACAACCGCAUCACCACUCUCACAGUCAUCAUGGCGAGGACAGUGAAUUGCAACACUUCUCUGGUGCCAUGGCUGCUGGGAUUAGUGCCAGUGGAGAAGACACACCUCCAACCUCUGUCAGUGAGCCUCUGCAUUCCCAGUCAGAUUCUGAUGUACCACCAGGUACGGAAAAGUGUCCAUCAGUCACAGCAGAAGGAAACAAUGACUCUGAUGAGGAUGCAGAUUACCUGCCUGUAGAUAAGUCAUCUGGAGCUUAUGGGGGGAAGCAUUACUCAUCAAGGUCGCCUGCUAAAAGUCACGAUCCCUUGCCGGCACCAAUGAUGGAUCCUGCUCCUUGUCCCCCUCGCCCUGAUGUAAGUAUGGUUGAUCCCGAGGCUCUGUCAAGCCUAACUGACAAACCAAUCAAGAAAGAUUCCAAAUCAAAGGGUUUGCGCAAAUUAGGCAAGACAAAGUCCUCAUCUCCUGCUCGGAAGACUGAUGCCAGGCGGAAGAGGUCCCCAUCCAAGGAGCCCUCCACUCACACCACUUCUCUUAGGAAGAAGGAAAUGGAGGACGAUCUGUCAAGGUCAAGCCACAACACCGGCAAAGGCCUUGUCAAUGGCCUUAAGAACAGUGCGGGAUCAAAUUCUGCUAAAUUCAGUGCAUCUGUGCCCGCUGGUCCUCCUAUCUAUGUGGAUCUGGCCUACAUUCCCAACCACUGCAGUGCUAAAAAUGUGGACCAGGAGUUUUUUAAACGUGUUCGUUCUGCAUAUUAUGUAGUAAGUGGAAACGACUCCAGCAGUGGAGAACCGAGCCGCAGUGUACUAGAUGCCUUGCUAGAGGGAAAGGCACAGUGGGGAUCCAAUCUACAGGUAACAUUGAUACCUACUCAUGACACAGAAGUGACCCGCGAAUGGUAUCAGCAGACCCAUGAGAAGCAACAGGAGCUGAACAUCAUGGUCCUGGCCAGCAGCAGCACAGUUGUGAUGCAGGACGAGUCAUUCCCAGCCUGCAAAAUAGAGUUCUAAAUUCAACAUGGCUCCCAGGUUCACAACUUUACUCUCAAAUGGUCCGUACAGCCUUAAUUGUAGUUUACUCAGUGUAAAAUUCUUAACCUUUUGCUUUUUAACUUCUCAAGGUUUAAAACAGCACAGUGUCUAUUGCCCAAAAAAACCCAGUCAAAUGGUAUUAACUUUGAUUAUUAUUUCUUGGUAAUGAUAGUUUCUAGAGUGCAGGAGAACAGAAGGAAGUCGUGCCUUUCACUAUAUACUUUUCAGGGUGGCUUUUCCCUUUAUGUUGUACAAUACAUACAUACACGCCUACUGUACAUGUAGUAAAUGGGUCUCUAAAAUGAUUAACCCUUCGAUUUUGGUCCAGGGCCUGUUUACAUGAUUACAGUUGUAAUUUUAUACUGAACAAGGUUACCAAACGAAUGUGCUAAAUACAAUAACAAAGUUAAUCUAUAUAGCCUUGUUUACUAUGGCAUCUAAAGCACAAGUAUACCUCUUCACUUACUUUUGAACAAAAACACCAGAAAUUCCCUAAUACUACAGCUAAACUAGAUGAGAUUCUCCUGUUUUCAUCUGAUUAGUUCAUCAAUGGUACUAUUGCUUUGAGGCCCUGAGUUACACAUCCUGCAAGAUCCUCUUUCAUUGCUUCACACAUACACUCAGUAUAUAUACUGUACAAUAAUCAUCUAUUAAUCAAGUUAUCACACAUUCAGAUAGCUACUGUGCAAAUAGCAAUUGAGGCUAUGUACCUCAGCAGAGAGAUUAACAAACACCUGGGUGCUAGUAUUUCAGAAAUAGGAAUUUAGUAAAUAAAUAAGAUUUUAAAAAUUCUAACAAUUAAGAUACAUAAGCUGGAGAUGGAGUUAUGCACAAAUUACUUUACAUUCCUGAUUAAUGCUUUGAAUUUGUUUAGUGGAAUAACGGCAUCAACAACAAUGUUAAAGUGAUAAUAACAAAAAUAAUGUAUUGCUACUAGAUCAGGACAAAAUUCUGUUUUUAAACUGAUGUUUAGAUGGUAAGUUUAUUGUGAACGCUGAAUAACAGAGUGGGAUCAAAUCUUAUUUUGUCAUUAGAUGAUGUAUAAAGUGUAUGUUCUCAAGAGUUUAUGAUUAUUUUUAGUGCUUAUGAAGUAUGUUUUAUUACUGAUUUUAUUCGGUUUUGAAGGAAAUUCAUUAUAUUCAUUAGCACCUUGUAAUGAUUUCCCCUUGAUUUCUAUUGGUUAUAAAAUGUAUAUAGGACAAAUUUGCUUACUGUAAAGGAAUGGAAAGAAAAGAUGACUGAGAAUACAUACUGUAUGUAAGCCAAAGUUUCCGGCAAUAGAAGUGCAUGGUGUUCAGUAAAUAAUCUUAUGUAUAGGAGUCCUUUCUCUGUUUUUGUGUAGGGUUACAUGAAAGAUAUGAGCCAUGGAUACUGCACUUAAACCUAUUCCAAAAAUUUUAGAGAGCGUUUAAGUUGUUCAAAGCACAUUUUUGGCUUUUAUAUGGAACAUAAACCUUAAUCUUAAAUCUUAAAUUCUUUAACUUGCAAGAGCUCUUAUUUUCCAGUCAAUAUACAACGAGGAUAUAGAUUACAUUUUGAAAUAUAAAAGUGAAUUAUUGACCACUGAUUCAAAGACACAAAGCAAGUUCACUACUUCAGUCUGUUUAGUCAGAAUUUACAGUAAUGGAUAGCAGAAAACAUGCCAUCAUGAAAUGCCCAGAAUUGCAGGAAUGUUUCCUUGUGUAUUGUCAGCAGUGUAACAUAUAAGGCUUAAAAUAACUGAUUUAAUGAAAUGAAUGAUAGUGCUGGUUUAAUCUUUUGUCACAGAGCAGGAUCAAAGAUGAGAGGGAUGAUGAUUGUGGACCGUCGUCUGAUGAAUAGAGAACUCUGUAAAAGUACUGUAUGCAUUGCAUGUAUAUUACCACAAGGUUGAACAUGCAUUUGAGUACUCCUAAGCUUUUAGGUGCUUGGCUUAACUCUUUUAUUGAAGAAGAAAAGUUCAGUUGCAUUUGAGUCUAAAUUGAUGUAUAAUCUUUAUUUCUGUUUCAUAGUCUUGUUCAUUGGUCUGUAAGAUUUGAUUUUUGACCUUCAUCUGUAGAGAAAAUCUGUAUUUACAACAGGGCAGAAUUUGGUUCAGCAUAAUCCUUUAUAUUACUCUGAGGCGCAAUGUAUGAGGAUUCACAUUUAAUAUUUGCCUCUAAUGUUUUUAAGGUGCUGUAACUUUUGAGCUACUGGUUAUUUGGCUGUGCUGCUGACAUGGUGAAACCCAGACGUGACUCGGCAGUACCACAGAAAUUAACAAACACAAACACGUACCAGACUGCAGACUGCCAGAUCAAGUGACUUGAUCACUGAUCACAUUUUAUAUUCAAGAUUUGUAAGUGUCCGUGUGAUUAUCUUUACUUUCUUUCUUUCUUUUUUUGAAGAUGAAGACUAAAUGUUUCAAAAGAUUAAAAAAAUAAAAUAGUCAUGAUGUGCUGUGCAAAACAUCCCUUAGUUGAAAUGUUGAGUUUGCCAUCUCAAAUAUAGCAUUCCAUUGCGCCUAGCUGUUUAAUGCAUGUGAUCUUAAGUUUGAACUUGUAUGUAAUAGUUCAUAGUUAUAUUAAAUAAAGUACUAUUUUAAACAUAUAUUUAAAUGAUAAUUGUCUCAAUUGUACUGAAAGGCACAUAUAACCAGAUCGCGCUCUCAUUUCAAGCGUGCAGUGUUGUUAAAAAAAUGAUGUGUACUCGGAUUUAUUUUGAAUUUUUCAUAUUUUCAUGACCUUUGCUUUCAUUUCUCUCUUUUUUUAUGUGCAAUACUCUGUAUCUUUCUUUAAGCUCUCUAAAUGAGUGUCUACAAAUAUGUUGUAGAAAGUUAAACCUGAUAAUCACUAAUAAAAUAUGUUAAUGGGAACAUCAA